AAAUACAAAUGCAAUCUCUAAAAAAAAAAGUAAAUAAAUAUUUUUUAUGUGAAAUCCUCCAAUUAUUUUAAUUUUGCACUUUAAUUUACUCCUCUUAAAUGUAGCGCUAUCUUAUCCAUAUAUCUAACAAUAGGUCCUUAUAUCUAAGAAUAGGUCUUAAAUGUUGAGUUUUUAUCUCCUUGAAGAAAAAAAAAAGAGUAGGUUUUGAUAUUGAUUACACCUAAAAAAACAGAGUAUGAAAGUCAAGUGUAACUGACUUUGUGGGUCUCUCUACAAUUAAUUAACAUUUAUGUAAAAAAAAAAUCUUUCUCCCAAAAUUAAAUUUGAUAUUAUCCUAAAAUUAAAAGAAUCUCUCUCUCCCAACACUACCACUACCCAACCCAAAUAGCCAAAAAGGCCAAAACCCAAUUCGUCUACUGUGAGCAGUGAGUGAAGACUGAAGCUGUGAACUGAAGCAACGUAGCCACCGCACCGAGCACGUCAAGUCGGCAAGCACGGAGCACCGCCGGAAAGCAGCAUUGCAGCAAGAAUGGAAGUGAAGAUUGUAAGCAAGAAGUUGAUAAAACCAAUAGUAGCAACUCCGGAUAGCCUCCGCAAGUAUAAAAUAUCAUGCAUGGAUGAGGUGAAUGCAACUAUGAACGUGGUUACCAUUCUUUACUACCCCUUCAAUCAAUUCUACACUUAUAAAGGUAUCAUCAAGACCUUAGAGACUUCAUUGUCUCGGAUUUUACCUCGCUUCUACCCCUUCGCGGGGAGAUACAUUAAGGAGCAUCACACUGUCGACUGCAACGACGCGGGAGCUGAGUUCAUGGAGGCUGAGGUCGACGCCUACGACCUCAAACAAGUCAUUACAAACUUGGAGCCUGAUUAUCUUAAUGAGCUGCUCCCCCUUGAAAUUGGUGCUGCGGAUGAGAUCACAGACCCUGUUUGUGCUGUCAAAGUCACCAAGUUUCGAUGCGGUGGGAUAGCCCUUGCUGCAUCCGUUUCGCAUCGAAUCGUGGACGCCUGCUCCAUGGGCAUCUUCGUGUCUGCGUGGGCGGAAGAAGCCACACUUCGGGAAGGUCAAUCGAGGACUAUUCACCCUUUUCAUCCCCCUCGUACCUUCCUGGCAAGAAUUUUCCUCCUGAAGAUUUUGGAGUCAGGAGGACCAGAGAAGGUUCGACGGUUGUGUGCAAGAGGCUCAUAUUUGACGCCGCGGCCAUCGCUACCCUUAGGCAGAGGGUUAGCCACCUUUCCAGCGUGCAAUCAAGGGUAACAGUAGCGACCGCUUUUCUAACCGAAAUUCUGAUGCGUAUUGAUCGGAGAAUAAGAGGCGGAAUACCUCGAGCAUGCCAAGUGACACAGUGCAUCAACAUACGAGAAAGGACGAAGAAUCCGGUAGUGGCCAAGUAUUCCGUUGGCAAUUUGGUGGCAUUGGGGAUCAAUGACUUAACCCCCGAAGAAACAGUGGAGUUAAAGUACGAGGACCUAGUUCCCCUCGUAAUUAAGGGGAUUCGGGAAGGCAUACGCAACUGCUGGGAUAUACUUUCCGACGACAAGUUGGUGAACCGAGACUUAGCUUCAAUACAGAGGUAUAAUCAGGAUGAUGUUAGGGGAUUUUGGUUCACUGAUUUUACCAAGUUUGGAUUCUAUGACAUUGAUUUCGGAUGGGGGAAACCUGUUUGGGCCAGCCUCGUUAAUGCCUCUGAAGCAAAUCUUAUCAUAUUUAUGAAUAACAAAAACAACGACGGUUUAGAGGUGUAUCUGCUUUUGGAAAAAGAUGAACUGCCUUACCUGGAGAAUGAUGAGCAACUUAAACUAUUAAAUUCUGAAACAAUACGAAACGAGCCUGUGUGACCCGAACAGGGGGAGAAGAGAUUUGGUCCACUUUAUAAGCUCAAAUGGGGUUUCACACUAAAAUCAAUUGGUGAUAUUAAUGUAACAAUCUCUCAUCUUUCUCCGAUGUGGGACACUCACAAGUGAGCUUUCAAUGAGUUUCAACCUAAAUUAGUCGUUAAGUUCCAAACUACCAUCCCAAUUUCCGCCUGCCUGUGAGGCUGUGAUGAUCAAUCAAAUAAAACAUUUUAGAUUUUCAUGUAUUCUGCUUCUUUCUUUGUAUCAUUAGUUUGCUUCAUCAUCUAUUAUUUGAUUUCAAGUUUGUAUGUAUUUCUUUAAUGUUGUUGCUUCAUUGCUUGUUUAAUGACUAUGAAAGUUGUGUACUUUGUCAUACAAAACUCAAAUACGGCAAGAAGCAAAUAAACCUACUCUUUUUCUACAAA